AUGACCGAUGCUGGUUCGGUGCCUAAUCCUGACAGCCAUCAGAAAAGAAGUUAUGAUGAACAGAAACCUGAAGUAGAUGAGUAUCCUGUAUUUGUACCAAGACGUUAUGCAGCUCAAGUGCCCGACAGGGAUAACUAUCCUACGUUCACACGAAGUUACGAGCUACCAGCACCAAAGAAAGAAGAUCGUCUUGCUUCUGAAUCAAGAAACUACGACCAGCAACUACUUCAGAAAKAUGAAUAUSCCGUCUUUAACCCACGUGCUCGUGAACCACAUGCUCUCCAUGAAGACAUUCCUCUCACCUCCAAGGAAAGGGUCUUCGAAUCACAAGAUCUAACCCAGCUAGUCAAGCUCCAAAGACAAUUGAUAAGUCAACAACAAGAGAGUAACCAAUACAUUGCCUCGACUAUAAAGCAUGGAUUUGCCCUUCCAAAAAMGRAGCUAAUGGUGUUUGAUGGUGAUCCUCUGGAUUACUGGACAUUUGUCAGAUUCUUUGACAACAACAUCUUGCAGAWCACUUCAYCAGACAGUGAAAGGUUAACCYACUUAUUGCAGUACUGUUCUGGGAAGGCGAAGGAAGCUAUCAAAAGUUGUGCUACGUUACACCCAUCACUCAGAUACAAGGAAGCAAGAAAGAUGCUAUCAAAAUGCUUCGGCGAUCCUUAUCAUAUUGCUAUAUCGCACGUGAACAAUUUGACUAAUGGUCGACCCAUAAAGCCAUUUGAUGGAUCUGCCCUACUGGAAUUCGCGUUACAGAUGAAGUCAUGUGUGAAUACUCUAACUACAAUUGGCUACCUUAGUGAGAUUAACAGAUCCGAUAACUUGAGACGCAUUGCAGAAAGACUUCCCCACAACCUCAAAUCUAAAUGGCUCUCCAGAACGAGAUCUCUAAGAUCGGUUUCAAUCAGACCUGGAAUACAGGACUUAUCAGACUUCGUGCAAGAGCAAGCUGAUGAGAUAAACGAUCCUGUCUUUGGUGACAUCGUGGCAACCAAAGUAAGAAAUAAUAGACACAAGUACAAUGACGAUGUCAUCGAAUCUGCCUUAAAGAACUUUUAUGUCGAUGAUUUUAUGAAAUCUCUGAAGAAGGAGGAGGAUGCUGAUCGCAUGGUUAAAGAGAUGACGAGUCUGAUGUCAGAAGGAGGCUUCAGAUUAACGAAAUGGUCGAGCAACAAAAGAAGCGUUUUGCAAAACAUCAAAGAAACAGAAAGAUCCAAAUCUCUGGUCGACCUAGACUUAGAGGUCGAAGAUGUUCCGAUACAAAGAGCCCUUGGUCUGUUAUGGGACGCUAACAAUGACAAGUUUACCUUCAAAGCUGCCUUAAAGCUGAAACCUAAGACGAGAAGAGGUAUUCUGUCAGUAUCCAGUUCAAUUUAUGACCCACUUGGAUUCAUUGCUCCUUUUGUACUACCAGCCAAGAAGCUACUACAAGACCUAACAAGACGAAAACUUGGUUGGGAUGAAGAAAUCGAAGAAGACGAGAUCCUGUUAUGGGAACACUGGUUGGAAGAUAUCCCAAAUCUGACCGAAGUAUCUAUUGAAAGAUCGAUAAUACCGGAGCACUUUGGAGAUCUACAAAUCGUUCAAUUGCACCACUUUUCCGAUGCCUCUGAGAUUAGUUACGGAGCGGUGACCUACAGCAGAAUAGUUGAUGUCAACGACAACGUCCAUUGUGCCUUUUUGAUUGGGAAGGGACGCCUUGCUCCAAUCAAGGCCAUCAGCAUACCACGUCUAGAGCUAUCUGCAGCAGUGUUAUCUGUUACAUUUGACAUGAUGUUGAGAGAGGAAUUGGACAUACCCAUCCACGAAUCGAUUUUCUGGUCAGAUUCCACCACAGUUCUUGGAUACAUAAUGAACACCACAAGUCGCUUUCAGACGUUUGUAGCUAAUCGCCUUGCAGUAAUUCACGACGGCUCGCAGCCAAGACAGUGGCGCUACAUUCUUUCGACCUUAAAUCCGGCAGACAGCGUUACUAGAGGUCUGACAGCUAAGGAGUUAAAGAGUGAAGACAACAAAUGGUUGAACGGUCCGACGUUUCUACGGAAGAAUGAGAACGACUGGCCAUCGCCUCAAUAUCAACCAGUAGAUGAAAGAUCGCUUGAGACCAACAGAGUACAACAGACGUUUCUUGUAUCUAACCCAAACCAAGACUCUGGAAUAGAUAAAGUAAUCAACUACCAUUCAUCGUGGUACAAGUUAAAGAAAUCUGUUGCUUGGAUCAUCCGUUUCGUUGAGAGUCUUAAGAACAAAGGACAAGUAACAAAAGGAAGAUUAGCCCCAUCGGAAAUCGAGCUAGCAGAAACGAAGAUAAUCAAGCACAUACAGAAACAAUGCUACCGAGAAGCCAUGGAACUGCUACAAGUACCUGACAGCGAACGAGCAAAAUCCAAAACUUCACARAGAAGAAUCAUGGGUCCAAUAUACAACUCGAGUCCUGUACUCGAUGGAGACAGCAUGUUAAGAAUCGGGGGAAGGUUGGACAGAGCACCGAUCGAGUUUAAUGCAAAACAUCCAUUGAUUCUACCCGGAAAUCAUCAUGUUGCACAUCUUAUUGCCAGAGAAUGUCAUGAGARCGUUGGCCAUUCAGGUCAAAACUUUGUUCACUCUACUGUGAGAGAGAAGUACUGGAUUGUCAAAGGAAAGGCAACCGUGCGCAAAGUGAUUCAAGCCUGUACGACCUGCAAGAAAAGGGAUGCCAAAUGUGGUCAACAAGUGAUGGCUGACUUGCCAGAAGAUCGUCUAGUACCUGAUAAACCACCAUUCACUUUCGUUGGAGUAGACUAUUUUGGUCCAAUUCUCGUCCGACAAGGAAGGAAUAAAGGAAAGAGAUAUGGCUGUGUAUUCACCUGUCUUAACAUCAGAGCCAUCCAUGUCGAGACACAGUCUGGACACCACUUCGUUUAUAAAUGCACUUAG